AUGUGUAGAAAACUAGCCAUUGUCACACUACUGUACUCCGCGGAUUAUUUACCGGGCGUGUUUGCUCUUGGUCAUCAAGUUAACAAACUGUUAAAGGAAGCGGGUAGGAAAGAUAGAAUUGAUGCAUGCCUUGUUGUGACAACUCCCUUAUUCAAUGACAUUUUGAGCGAUUUGGCCAAAGAUCUUUUGAAAACAAUAUACGACGAUAUCGUACUUGUAAACCCUUUGGAAUGCCAAGAUGAAAGUAUUCAGAGAAACAGUGAAAAUCUAGCUCUUUUGGAAAGGCCCGAAUUGUCGUUUGCUCUAAUAAAGGCAAGACUAUGGGAACUAACCCAGUACGAACAAGUUCUAUAUUUGGAUUCAGACACUUUACCCCUGAAUAAAGACUUUCUAAGAUUGUUCGACAUUAUGUCUAAACAAACUAAGUUACAGAUUGGUGCUGUUGCUGACAUUGGCUGGCCAGAUAUGUUCAAUAGCGGCGUUAUGAUGCUGAUACCAGAUGCUGAUACUGCAUCUGUUUUACAGAACUAUGUUAUCGAAAAUACUUCAAUUGAUGGUGCUGAUCAGGGCAUUUUGAAUCAGUUUUUUAACCAAAACUGCUGCACGGAUGAGCUGCUCAAAGAAAGCUUUCCCCGAGAGUGGGUACAGUUAUCAUUUACAUAUAAUGUGACCACCCCUAAUCUUGGUUAUGAAUCUUCACCUGCUAUGAAUUAUUUUAAACCAACUAUCAAACUGAUUCAUUUCAUUGGCCAACAUAAACCAUGGUCUCUGUGGUCUCAGACAAACUUUGUUAGAAACGAAUACAAUACCCAAUGGAAUGGAGUGUACGAGGAAUUUAAGCAGGAAAACAAAUUGGUAGAUGACGUCUCGAAGAUUGAUAUCAAUGAUUUUAAUGAGGACAAUAAUGUUCAAACAGCAUCUCAAGAAACUAUUCCGCAAACAGCAUCUUCAGGGGCUAUUCCUCAAGAUAAUGAUUUUUCUACUGAAAAGGAAGUCGAAACAAUAGACACAAAGCAAGAAGACACCAGAGUCCAGCUCAAUGAGCCAGCUCCCGUUCCUGUUCCACUGGAUUUCACUGAAUGGUUGACAACUUUCAUAAACAAGGAUAAUGUGAAUUCCCAGGCAAUGAACAAAAUGCACGAACACGAAGGAAAUGAUAGUGGUUUUGAUAAAGACGACGCUAAAUCAGAUGAAGACAUCUACGUGAAUAACAGCGACGCUAAACCAGACCAAGAAAGUAUUGCGGAUAAAAACGACGCUAAAUCAGAUCAAGACGGCCAUGUGAAUAACAACGACUCUAAUCCAGACCAAGAGAGUCACGCGGAUGUCACACAAGACCCUAUUACUUAUAAAGAUGACAUAUCAGAGGAUAUAGAACCGCCUGUGCCUACCGAAGACGACGUGAAACUUCUGGAACAGGAUGAGGAGGGUUACGAUGAAUUCCUUCCAGACGUAUGCGAUGCAGAUGCGAUCAACAACGAAGAAGGAGAAGAUUUCGAUGUAGGAAAAGUGGGAAGGAGUGUUGAAGAUGCACUCGAAAAAGAGAAUCCGACAGAGGACGAACCCAACAAUUCACCUCAAGAAAUGCCGAACUUCAGGUUCGACUGGGAAGAUUCUGAUUACCUAUCAAAAGUUGAAAGGUAUUUCCCUGAUGACGUCUUUGAAUAUGCAGUAGAAUGA